UAUUACUUUCCCAUGUAAAUACGCAAAUAAUUGUUAAAAUAGUUAUGUAGACACCACGAAUAAUCGCCAAAAAAGUUGUUCUUAUCAACCCUUUCCGGAAUGUCGCUUUUCCAUGCUAAUGCCGGCCAGGCAGAAAUUAUCCGUAGCGUGCAAAAGGAUCAGGAACACGUCGAGUAUAUACGGACAGCGCUGAGUGAGGUUUUGCUGUUGCUGAGUCAACGGCACUGGUUUAAGUACAAUGCGCUGUGCAAGCUGAUAGCCGAAAUACUUUAUCACCACUAUGCCAUCCUGAACAAUCUGCAGACGCUCGGUGAGGAGUACACCGGGAUCAUACAGGUGGACGCCAACUACGUAAUGUUGCCGAACAAAGCACUGCAACUGCUGGCCAUUCUGCUAGAGUACGUUGGCGAGCAUGUGGUUGACCGUGUGCUCACCUACAUUCAGACCGAAAUUGAUCACAGCGAAGAGUUACUGGAAUCGGUGAAAAAUGCACUCCACAAGCUGAUCGAUACGCUUCGUGUGGUAGUACCGUACGUGCGUGGAUUUCAUACCAGCUUGUUUUACAUCAACGGCGGGAAAUAUCACAUAUCCAAGCGAUUAACAGGCAUCAACUAUGUUCUCAUUCGAAACUGGCUCAAAGAGGACCAUUCCAUCUACGGUUAUAGGAUAUUAGGGUACGUAACCCUUACUCAACUUCUGCUAGCGCUUGCCGCCCGUUACCGACAGUAUCGUUCGGAACCAAGCACAAAAUCCAUCCCAGCACGAUCAACCAGCGGCAACCGUACGACUGGAGCAUCCCUGCAAACACGCAAUUGUGCACUCUGCAUGGACACUACGCAAGACAUCAGCGUAACACAGUGUGGCCAUUUGUUCUGCUGGCAUUGUAUACUGAAUUGGCUGGACAAGCGACAAAUUUGUCCAAUUUGUCGUGAAACCAUCAAGAAAACGCGCGUUGUACGUUUGCAAAAUUUUUCGAUUGAACUCGAACAAUCGAGCUAGUGUAAUUUUGACCUUGCUUUUAAUGGUUAUGUAGGACCAAGGGGUUAAAAAAGUUAGAAUAGAAUUCUACAAAAGGUCCUGGGUUAAAAACGAGAUUUCAAAUUCCAAAGGUUUGGUUAAUAGAACAUUUUUCUAUACAAGAUGUUGCAAUAAAUGGGAUAUUAAAGAUAAAUAA